AUGAGUGAUAACACUCCACAAUCUGCCCGCACCACAUCCCGUGCGGGCAUUCCUGAAGAUCAGAAGAAGGCUCUGCGCGCCUGGUGUCGGUCGCAAGGGUCUCGUCCGACACACGCAGCUAGCGUGGCCUGGUUUCAACGGACUUUUGGUCGACGCCUCCCCCAGUCCAGUGUCUCCGUGAUAUUGUCUUCAAAGUACGAGUAUCUCGACACGGGUCCAGCAACGGGCUCUUUCCGACAGCAACCCCCGCAAUGGCCUAUCUUGGAGGCGCGAUUAUUCGAAUGGUUGAAAAGGGCCCGUGAAACUGGUGAAUUAUCCACUGGUGACGCCAUCUUCAACAAGGCCCGCGAGAUUUGGCCUCAAAUCACAGAAUAUGCUAACCGCGCUCCACCGGCAUUCAGCCACGGUUGGCUGGCGAAAUUCAGGAAGCGAUUUGAAGCCAGUCUAUCCAAGGGUCAACAGGAUGGCGUUCUCCCAGCUCCGCCUCGAAACCAGCGUAAGGAGCUGCAGGCACUGCGCACUCUAGCGGGAGAGUUUAAAGAAGAAAAUGUUUACAAUAUAGACGAGACUGGUUUGCUUUGGCGCAAAGCCCCCUUUGACACACUGCCUAGCGGGCCAAAUGAACUCAAAAAGGAUCGAGCCCAUAUCUGCUUGAUGGUGUGUACCAAUGCCACCGGGUCUGAUAGAAUUCCGCUCUGGGUGAUUGGACAUAAGGAGAUGCCUGGGGCUCUUCGCGGUGUCAAUCUCAAAGCUAUGGAUUGUCAAUGGCGCCAUAAUCAACAAGCUUGGGUGGAUGUUCAAAUAAUGUCAGAAUGGCUGACCAUGUUUUAUCAUCACGUCGGCUCGAGGCGAGUUGUCCUGCUCCUGGAUGAUAAACCUGCCCACCAAGCCGCACUGGAGACUACACCUCCUCCAGGCAACGUGCACGUCCAAUGCUUCCCCGAGAAAAGCCCAAAUUCGUACCAGCCCUUGCGACUCGGAAUCACCCAGCAGCUCAAAACUCAUUACCGCAAGCAAUGGCUUGGGUAUAUGGCGACAAGCUUUGACUCCGGCUCAAGCCCGAUGGAAAUGAUCAGCCUUUAUCAUACCCUGUGCUGGAUCACUAGAAACUGGCGACACGAUGUUGCGAAUGCGACAAUCUACAAGGCGUUCCGCAAAAGCCAUCUCGUCGAGCCGCGAGCCGACUAUCUCACCGCGCCAAAGCCUCCGGAUAUGACCGAGCUCUACGACAAGGUUAUCCGUUAUAACCAGAGUGGUACCUCUACAAGGCGUCUUGAAGAAUGGCUGAAUCCCGCGGAGGAGGACUUCGCCGGCACCAUGGACGAGGCGCUCCGACAGAACCCGAACGUAGACACAUUCAUUCUUGAUGAAUCGGUUAACCCGCUACCACCGUAUGAACUGAUCCCUGCCCCGGCAGAUGCUAUUGCGGGCAUUCAGACAGCCAUUCGUUACAUGCUCAAUCAGCCUACAACUACUGCGAACGACAUCCUGUACUUGGAAACAAUGGAGAAAAUCCUAGACCGAAAGGUCCGGAAUCAAUUCCUCCAGCAGCAAAACCAAACACCUAAUCAAACGCCUACUCAGUUAUCAGCCGAGGCAGCUGUUCAAAUCUCUGCACCGCCACCUGCCCAGCCGCAGAUUCAAUCAUCAACUCCAACAUCCGUUCCACAAUCGUCUAUGCCACCAAGUCAACCUUCUGCUCAACCAUAUUCCCAACCGUACCGACCACCCGUUAGGCCAGCAACCCAGGCACCCUUGCCAGCAGGGCAGCGACCACUCCCGCAGCUCGCUCAACAACCAGUUCAACAUGCCUUGCAAACACCAACUCAACAACCUGUUAGAACACACAUGCAAUACCAGUUUCCGAAUCAAAACUCCAAUCUGUCGCGUAACUUCGCAUCGACCCGAUCUCCAGGCCAACCCUCGUUUCGACCAUCACAAGCAGGUAUCAGACCUGCAGGUAUGGCACCAAUUCAUAUUCCAUCCGAAACUCCAUCCGCGGCAUCCACUCCGGGACCGAGCACGGGGCAGUUGGGAUACCAGGCGCGUGCGCCUUCGGAGGAAGGAUCGUAUCAACCGUCUGAGGAUCAGUUUUCCGACGAUGAUAUGGAGAUAUAA